AUGACAGCGGUGAGCAAUCAUCGCCUCGCAUCGGAGCCAAGCCGUGAAAAGUGUCGAGCGGCAAAGCGAGUUGCUCGACUUGGAGGAAGAGAAGAGGGCCAUCGCCCAUCUAGCGGCGCACUGGAAGGAAGCGGUCCCCGACAGAGCCAGACCGUAUCUCACCGACUCUUCUUGAUCCGACCAAAGCAGUCAUCGCGCACAGUCAGCCCAAUCAGCCAUACACGAGCCAUCAACAAGCUUCUCGACCCUUCUCUUGAGACCGAUACCCCUGAGCCCAGCUCUCGCACCGUUCGUCGCAGUCCCCAACACUCUACUGGACACUCUUCCGCGGGCUUGAUUGCCAACCGUACACUCGCCGCUGGUCGAGGCGUAAAUUCGACGCUGUGCCAUGCCGGGAUUUGCGAGGCAGAGACGCGGCAUUUGGAAACUCGCAAGCGAGCGGGUCAGCGCCACGAUCGGGUCGAAUUUCGACGCGUUGGCGGUCCGACAAAUCGGACACAGGCACCAUGCGUGCUGCGUUCGUUGGUUCGUUGGUCGGACCGUCUGGCCAUUGAUCUGCUCGUGGCUGGCCGCGUGAGCUCGACUACGCUUGUACCAUGGAUCGUCGGAUUGAGGCUUACAGACUUCCAGCGUUUGGAACAGAAGCCAGCCGCCGUCCCGCCACAAACACUACAAGCAGGUGCCAGUCGCCGUCGUCGCUGCACGAUUCGAUCCAACUCAACUUCAGUUUGCCGAUCUCGACGAUACUCCGAGUCUAGCAGCUUGCGAGUAUCUCCAACAUCUGUCACCAUUUCCGGCCCACCUCCGCUCAAAGAUCCCCUCCAACCCCCUUCGUCACGCAAGCGACCUGUGACAGAGGCGUCCAGUGACACAUCCGUCCCAACACAAGCGGCGUCGCAGUCCGUCGAACCUGCACAGGCAGUUGCUGCUGCCGCCUCGCCUUCCUCAAAGCGUGCGCGCUUCGAGAGCUCAAGCGGUGGAGCCUCCUUCUCGCCCCCAGCCUCCACCGCCGGCACCUCGGCGCACUCCAGCGCACCGCUCACUCCGUUCCAAGAGACGCUCGCCGGCCCGCACUAUACUCCCUUGCCUCCCACUCGUGCCAUUUCUUCGCCAAAGACCACCAAUCCCGUCCGUUCCGCCAGCAGUACCGGUUCGCAGUCCAAGCUCACCGCUGGUUCGCUCGCGCCCGGCAGCAACCCUGAAUCGCCUUUGACAGUCGCUACGCCUUCCAACUCUAGCUCGGCUCCGCCGCCUCGUCGUCCACCUCUGUCCAGCUUCGAGUCACGCGGGCCCUCCGCCAGCCUCGUCCCGUUCCCUUCCAACUCCUCUUCCUACUUCGGAGAGUCUUCUUCCACCAAUAUGUUCGACCUCGACGAGUCAGUCAGGGCGCUCUACUUUGCGCCCACGCCCAUGCUCGUUUUGGAUCACAACAGACGCAUCCGCAUGAUGAACCGUCCUUGCGAGAGUAUCUUCCUCAUGACGGGUGUCAGCUGUAUGGGUCAAACUAUGGAGAAGCUUGUCGCCGAAAAACAUCGCGCCGACUUCUACACAGCCAUCCAGGAAGCGUCUCAAGUUCGAGCCACCGCGGCUUGGGCUCCACCAGUCCUCACUCGACUCACUUUCAUCCAGGACGAUAACAAGAUGUUUACAGCAGACAUGUCCAUCUCCGCUUGGCAUCCCACAGACCAGGUCUUCUCAGAAACGUUCAACAACCACUUCGCCAAGAGCCUGUCCUCCGAUGCCGAGAAGCAAGACAGCCUCGAGUACAGCCAGUCUUCCACACCCAAUCGAAUCGACCCGAUGGAGAGCAGAGGUGCGCCCCUCCCGCACGAAUCUUACUUCACCAUCAGCAUCGUCCCGACUCGCCUUGCCGAGCGACGCAUGAGCCCGGCCGAUUUGCACAUCAACAAGACUGAGCAGCUCAAAGAAGGCGUCUUCAACACCAUCGAGACGGCCAUCUUGGCCCUCUCCUCGGAUGGCUCGACCGUGAUCCGCAACCGCGCCUGCGACGAGAUGCUCAAGAUGUUCGAAAAGAAGAAUCCGCAGGAUAAGCCCAAGAAGAAGGAAGAGCCACCCAAGCCAAAGAAGGACGGCGUCGAGGUCGAUCUCUCCUGGCUCUCGGACGUCAUGGUGUGCUACACGGAGGACUUUAGCGAGCCCUUCCCCGAGCAGAACUGGCCCAUCUACCGUGCCGCUGUUUUGGGUCAAUUCACCAAACCCGUUCGCAUCGGUUGUGUAGCCACCGAUACCGGUGCACGCCGAGUUUACGAGAUCGUCGCCAAGCCCGUUCGCGACGCCGGAGGCUUUGGAGAACACAUCGGCGGUGUCAUCACGCUGAUUGAUGUCACCGACACCGACAAGAAUUACAGGCUCGAGGUCGAGAAGAAGGGUGAAGAGUACUUCCGCACCAUCUGCGACAGCAUGCCCCAGAUGCUCUGGACCGCAACUCCCGAUGGCACCGUCGAUUGGUUCAACGAGGGCUGGUACCGCUACACAGGCCUUGACUCGCAGACUCUCUUUAGCGUUGGCUGGCAACAAUGCUUCCACGAAGACGACAUGGUGGAGACCAACAUCCGCUGGUCGCAUUCGCUGCGCACGGGCGAGCCUUACCAGAUCAUGUACCGCGCCAAGAGGCACGACGGUGUCUGGAAGUGGAUGCUGGGCCGCGCUCUGCCCGUGCGCGAGCCUGGGACAAGCAAAAUCAUCAAAUGGUACGGCAGUUGCACCGAUUGCGACAGCGAAGUCAAGGCACUCGAAGCGUCGCGCAAAUCUCAAGCGCAGCUCACGAGUGUCAUCAAUCAUGCCCACGUCACCAUCUGGUCCAUCGACCGAGACGCCGUCAUCACCGUCGCUGAGGGGCCCGGCGUUCGAUCCUUGCGACUCGCUCCUGGCACACCCAACGGAUCUGACGGCGACGGCUCGGGCUCGGGCAACUCGCUUUCAGGUUCGCUCGGCGCCAGCACCGCCCUUGGCCGCAGCGAAGAGGGUAAGGACGCCGAGUCGCAGACCAACAGUCAGAGCGCCGUGAGCGGCCCCGGAAAGCGUUCACAGCAACGCAAUAUGAUUGGCCGCAGCAUCUACGAGGUGUGGGAUUCGCCCGGUAUCCGCGAGGCAAUCGGCCGUGCCCUCAAUGGAGAGUCGGUCGUUCAGGAGAUGGAGAUCGAAGGCCGCUGGUUCCGCACCCAGUACACUCCUCAACGCGAAGAGUCGUACGAACAAGAGGCCAGCGAGGGAGCCAUCAUCGGCGUCGUCGGUGCUUCGAUGGACAUCACCGACCGUCGACGUGCGGAGCUCAAGCUGGAAGAGUCGAUGCACGAGAGGUCGCGCGCUCUCGCCGCCGAGACCGCCGCCAAGGAAGCCAGCCGCAUCAAGUCCGAGUUCCUGGCCAACAUGAGCCACGAGAUCCGCACGCCAAUCGCAGGUGUCAUCGGCCUCUCCGAGCUACUCUGCGACACACCGCUUUCGCAGGAACAGCGCGACUUUGCCGAGAACAUUCAGCGGUCAGCUGAUGCGCUUCUCACCGUGAUCAACGACAUUCUCGACUUCGAAAAGCUCGAACUCGGCAAGAUGGAUCUCGAAAAGACCUCUUUCAACCUCAACGUCGUCAUUAUGGACACGCAGAAGAUGCUGACGUUUGCAACCCAGAAGAAGGGACUCGAAUUCCGCAACGAGUGUCAGCUCAACUUUACAGGGCAGAUCGUGGGGGACGCGGGUCGCUUGCGACAGGUGCUGACCAAUCUGUUGACCAACGCCAUCAAAUUCACUGCCGCCGGUUCCAUCACGCUUCGUGUCAUCGAGACCUACGAGGACCAGAAGAGUCUACACGUUCACUUUGAAGUGCGCGACACGGGCUGCGGUAUCUCGCAAACCACGCUCAAGAAGCUCUUCCAACCGUUCAGUCAAGCCGACCCUUCCUUUGCUCGUCGCUUUGGUGGCACUGGUCUUGGACUCUCGAUCUGCAAGAACCUCGUCGAUCUCAUGGGUGGAACGAUCGGCCUCGAGUCGGUCGAGAACAAAGGCUCCAACGCGUGGUUCAGCAUUCCCUUUGACAAGGUGCGCACGCUUGAUUCGAGCGGCGACUCCUCACCGGAGGACGAGGUGAUUCCUGAGAUCCAGAUGGACGAGGCCACGAGCAGCCUUGGGGUCAGCGAGAAUCCUCUGCAACGACCUAGAAAGGACAUUUGGAUCCUCGUCGCCGAGGACAACCUCAUCAAUGCACAAAUCGCACUCAAGACGCUCAAGAAGAUGGGUUUCAGCUGCAAGGUCGCCAAGGACGGCCUCGAGGCGAUCGACGAGGUCGGCAAACACCCCUACGACUUGAUCUUGAUGGACUGUCACAUGCCCAACUGCGACGGUUACGAGGCGACAAAACGUCUGCGCAAGUCGGACAGUGUCGAUGUCCGCACCACGCCCAUCAUCGCCAUGACAGCGUCGGCCAUCCGUGGUGACCGCGAGAAGUGCUUGGCGGCUGGCAUGUCGGACUACCUCUCCAAACCAGUCAAGAGUGCUGCGCUGGAAUCGACGCUAGUCAAAUGGCUGUUCGACCCUUCCACACGCCAGAGUCUCUCGAGAUACGUGGCGGCGCCGGUGCUCGGCGAUUACUUUGGGGUCAAGAAGCCGGAAGCUGGACUCGAGAUCACCAUCCCAGGUCCCGGUCAGCCUGGCUCGCCGCCUCAGCUGAUCGAGCGUGACUCGACCGAGACGGUGAUGGGACCGCGCUCGAUCCAAUCCGGACGUCGAGGCUCAUUCAACCCGAUCGCCGAACGCGAAGCCGUCGCUUCGGAAAUCGCCGGCACCGCUACACCCGUUGUCGCUUCAUCGUCUCGUUCGGUCGAGUUCGCUGAUCUGACCAGCGACAUCGGUGGAUCGACUUCGACUUUGGGGAGUCUCUCACACGAAGCUUCGGUUGCUACGAGUGACGAAGACGGUCCGCCUGGCCCGGAGCACGAGUACAAGGCGACGCCUCGGCUAGGCAAGAGCAGCAAACGUCGACUCUUGCGGCAUGGACCAGUCAAGGUGGUGGCCGAGGACGCCGUACCGACCAAGGUGCGACCGGCACCCAAGAUUCUCUCUGCGCCCGACGUGGCUAUGGCGGAUAAGCCCCCGUUGAUCGUGCGUCGCUCGUCGCGCGAACAGGGCGGAUUGGGACGCGAUCUCGAGGGCGAAGUAGUGCGCGCGAUGGAAGACGGUCAAGAUGGCCCCUCUCUCGGCGUAGCGAUGGAAGACUCUGUGGCGGAGAAGGAGGCCGAAGAGGUGACUGAGGCCGAGGGCGGCCACAUUCACGUAACCACGUAA